AUCAAUCAUGUCUGAAACCGCCCUAUUCAAAUUUCUCUUUACAUUUUCUUCUCAGUUCUUCACAUAUAUAUGUAAAACCCAUAAUCUGAAAUCCAAUUGCACUGUUAAUUCAAUCGAUAAAAGCAAAAAAAAGAGGAAAAAAAGAAGAAAAAAGGAAGAAAGAAUAAGGAAGUAAUCGGAAUCAUGUCUUCCCCUAGCAAACGCAGAGAGAUGGACUUGAUGAAACUGAUGAUGAGUGACUACAAAGUGGAGAUGAUCAAUGACGGAAUGCAAGAAUUUUUUGUGGAAUUUCAUGGACCCAAAGAGAGUCCUUACCUGGGAGGUGUGUGGAAAGUGAGGGUAGAGCUCCCAGAUGCCUAUCCUUACAAGUCACCAUCCAUUGGUUUUGUUAACAAGAUUUACCAUCCGAAUGUGGAUGAGAUGUCAGGUUCAGUCUGCUUAGAUGUUAUCAAUCAAACCUGGAGCCCCAUGUUUGAUCUUGUAAAUGUUUUUGAAGUGUUCCUUCCCCAACUCCUUUUAUAUCCUAACCCAUCGGAUCCCCUGAAUGGAGAAGCUGCAGCUCUCAUGAUGCGCGAUCGUACUACUUAUGAUCAAAAGGUGAAAGAGUAUUGCGAGAAAUACGCUAAGAAAGAAGACGCUGGGGCUCCACCUGAAGAAAAAUCUAGUGAUGAAGAGUUGAGUGAAGAAGAAAAUGUCUCCAGUGAUGAUGAACUUGCUGGAAAAGCAGAUCCCUAAGGGUUUAGCAGAUCAUGGACAAUAUUAUAACCCCUUCAAUGUUUGUACAUGAUAUCAACUUCUAAACCUGUCUUGUCCAUGGUUUACUUGAAGAAAAUAGUUCUAUUUCUUCUGUCAAUCUGAAUUGUACUGUUAUUGUGGUUACAUUCUGUCCUGAUUCCAUAAAAGUCCAUCUGAACCUUUAAACUUAAUUUGAUGUCUGCACUUCUAUA